AGCCGCUGCCACUGCUUCUGGUCUCGUCUCCGUCUAGUUGGCUCGGGUCUGUCAGAGCGCGAGGACGGACACUUUUUGGGGAUACGCAAGUACGCGUGGAGCACUAACUCGCCGAAAGAUUAAUAACAAGCCUUUAUCAGUUGAACGUCACGUCACGGCAUGUAACAGCUACCAAGUGAGGAGCUAGCGAACAGUUGGCAAAUUUGGUGCGCGUCUUCGUCGCGAGCCUACCGCGAGCUACGUACGCGACCGUCAAGAAAGAAGGACCUCUUUGUGGUGGACCCCUACCGUGUUGCGACCCGCUCAGGGCAUGUUUGCACAUGGAUGGAUUCAGAUGCUGAGCUGAGCUAAGGAGCUUUCAAGACAGCGGGAAAGCGGGGUAUUUGACGGCGUCAUUGAGUCCAGCAGAACCUGACAGUUGCCGUCAUGUGUUCCUGCUGAGUCGUCACUUUGGGGCGUCACCAUGAGGCGGACGCCGCCUCCACCCCACUCACCCAGUUUGCUACCCUCGCCCCUCCCCUUCCUGCCGCUGCUGUUGCUGCUGGAGACCGCCGCCUCCUUGCCGCCUCCCACCGGUGCCGCCGCCCCAUUCCCGCAGGACCUGGAGCCCAUCAGCGUGGUCGGACGAGACGCUUCCUACUUGUUCCCCAGUUUCCAAGGCUUGACAGAGGACAAUGACACGGAGCGUCUGGGUCUGGACUUCCAGAGAAUGCUGAGGAUCAACCACAUGCUCUACAUCGCCGCACGGGAUCACGUUUUUGCCAUCAAUUUGGCGGCCUCCACGGAGCAAAUCCUCCCGCAGCAGAAGCUGACGUGGAAGACCAAGGACGUGGAUAAGUGCACCGUGCGAGGGAAAAACAGCGACGAAUGUUACAAUUACAUCAAAGUUUUGGUGCCGCGCAACGAUGAGACGUUGUUUGCGUGCGGUACCAACGCCUUCAACCCAACAUGCCGGAACUACAAGAUGUCGACUUUGGAGCAGGACGGUGAGGAGAUGGUCGGUCAGGCUCGUUGUCCCUUCGAGUCGCAUCAGUCCAACGUUGGGCUUUUUGCAGGAGGCGACUUCUACUCGGCGACUAUGACCGACUUCUUGGCGAGCGAUGCCGUCAUCUACCGCAGCCUGGGCGAGAGUCGCCCCGUGUUACGGACUGUCAAGUACGAUUCGAAAUGGCUGCGAGAGCCUCACUUCCUGCACGCCAUCGAGUACGGAAACUUUGUGUACUUCUUCUUCAGCGAGAUCGCGGUGGAGUACACGUCGCUGGGCAAGGUGGUUUUCUCCAGAGUGGCGCGCGUGUGUAAGAACGACAAUGGCGGUUCUCCUCGAGUUCUGGAGCGCUACUGGACGUCCUUUCUAAAGGCUCGCCUCAACUGCUCCGUGCCGGGCGACUCCUUCUUCUACUUCGACGUGCUGCAGUCCCUCACUAACGUGCUUCAGAUCAACCGCCGGCCCGCCGUACUCGGCGUCUUCACCACGCAGGCCAACAGCAUCACCGGCUCGGCCGUGUGCGCCUUUUAUAUGGACGACAUCGAGAAGGCCUUCAGCGGGAAGUUCAAGGAGCAGAAGAACAGCGAGGCGGCCUGGACGCCCGUCCCUGACGAGCAGGUUCCCAUACCAAGGCCCGGCUGCUGUGCUGGCGAAGGCUCAGCUGCCGACCUCAAGUCGUCCACCGCCUUCCCCGACGACACGUUGACCUUCAUCAAGUCCUACCCGCUUAUGGAUGAAGCGGUGCCGUCCGCCAAUAACCGGCCACUCUUCACCAGGACCACCAGCAGGUUCAAGUUGACUCAGAUCGCAGUGGACACAUCGGCGGGCCCCAACAGGAACUUCACAGUGAUCUUCUUGGGUUCCGAGGACGGCCGAGUCCUCAAAGUUCUCACCAGCACGGAUGGAAACAACCAGACGCUCAGCACCACAAUCUUGGAGGACAUCACGGUCUACAACCCCAACAAAUGCAACGUGAGGGGGGAGGAGCGUCAGGUGUUGGGGAUGGAGCUUGACCGAGACCACCACGCCCUCUUCGUGGCCUUCUCAGGCUGCGUCAUCCGCGUGCCGCUCAGCCGCUGCGACGACUACGACUGCAAGACACGCUGCCUGUCCUCCCGGGAUCCAUACUGCGUGUGGCUGAAGGCUGGAAAGUGUGUCGCCGCCACACCCGGAUCCAAAGGCGCCUUUGAACAGGACGUCGAGAACGCCGCUCUUCUCCAUCCUAACACCUGUCACGAUGUCCUGGCGACCACUCGUAAGCAUAACACGCCUCUGGACUCGGCUUACGGGAAGGCCACACCCACAAGCACCGGCCCGUCCAAUCAUAAGGAGGCAGGUGACCCUGAAAGAGGUCCAGGUCCGGAAGGCCCUCCCUACGAGGGGGGGCAAGGGUCACCUGACUCGGAGCCAAUCAUUGUGGAGAUGGAGGGUGUUCGCCGACCUUCCGAAGUGGACAAGAGCAACCACAGCGUCCACUACACGCUGCUGAUCGCCUGCGUCCUGGUGGCCUUCGUGCUGGGCGCCUUCCUCUCGGGCUUUUUGGUGUCCUGCUAUUGCAACCGGGCCGGGCACAAGACCCGCAAGCUCCCCAAGGACCCCGAGGUCCAGAUCCCGCACGCGCUGUCCCUCCGCAGCCUGGCCAAGCUCAACGGCCUCCUGGAGGGCGGCGCCGGCAAGGAGGACAAGCUGGAGACGUCCUCCCCGAAGAUCUACAGUUCUUUGUUCUCCAAGGAGGCGCCCCGGAGGAGCGCCCACCACGGCAUGUCCGUGGGGGACCUGGUGCUGCCCCACCACCAUCACCACCACCACCUGCGCUCGUCCUCGGAGCUCUCCGGUUUGCCCACGCCGGACUCCACGCCCGAGCUGCCCAUCAAGAGCAUGAAGGCCUUCCGGAACCAGUGGGAGAAGAACCACAACUGCAACAACGCUUCGCGCUCGCCUUCGGCCCAUGUGUUCCCUUACGGGGCGUCGCGUCUCCCCGACGAGCGGAAAGUCUACAACGCCGAGCGGCUCCUGCCGCAACACCCCGGCUACGUCCACAAGGUGAUGGAAGUCACCUCAUUGGACGAGCUGCUCAAACACAUCCACGAUGGGAGUGGCGCCAAGACGCCGCAGCUGGUCAGCCCGGCGGCGGGACAUCAUAUCGGCGGGACGGCGGCGGGGCACCUGGCCUACGCUGGCCGCGUCCAGCCCCAUAUCCCAGAAACGGAGUCGGCGCCGUACUAUAGCUCGUCCACGCUGCCCCGCGACAGCCUGACCCGCCGCAUGGACGUCCCUCCGGACCCGCCGCCUCCGCCGCACACGUCUACGCUGGAGCGUCGCCAAACCUCGUCCCAAAGGCAUUCCUUCAUGGGCGCUGGCGGGGCAGCUCUCCCGCGCCAUCACAGCUUCAGCCAGCGCAUGAGCGCCGCCGGCGGCGGCCACCAGCCGCCACCCCUCCUGGCGCGCAUGAACUCCACAGGAAGUUGCGAGGGUCACUUCCCCCUCCUGCCUCCCGGCUACUUGGCGCGCUACAACGCCGCCCAGCAGGACGGGCCUCUCAGGGGCGGCGACAUUCGGAGGGGGGCCCCCCUAAAACCCGACGCCCCGCCCAAGCCGCUCUUUAUUCCCGCCUCCUCGCCCGUCAGCCCGCACGCCAACUUCAACUACUGACACUGUUUGGGCCACGGAGCCAUGCCUCAAGUUGACGUGGGAAAUGAUCUUUGUACCAUAUUGGUAUUGUUCUCUUGGACGCUACAUUGACCGACCUUUCAUCGGAGCGGAGUGGAGCGGCUGAAGGCCUCCUCUGCGUGCGACAGCGACGCCGCAACUCCAUCAUGGACAAUGACAUCCACCUCGAAAUGAAUGACAACGCCGACGACAUUGACUCCAUUUAUUAACUAUAUCAACAGCUCGACUGUCCACGUGAGCAAAUAGACGGCAACACAACAUUGACAGUGACGCAAAGGUUGCACAAAGCGCUGCGAUGCUUGGUUCUCGUUUUCUUUGCGAUGUCAUUGUGUUUGAUAACCAGAAUGUGUUUAUAUUAUGCAUGUGUGUGUGCGUGCGCGCGCGUGUGUGUGCGAGCACGUGUAUACUGUAUGUGUGUGUAGAGCCACAUACAGUAUAUACUAUCUGCAGUAUAUAUAAAUAAUAUAUAUAUAUGUUAAUGUGUGUCAAGUUGUGAUGACAAAUUAGCAAGAAAGUAACUUUUGUCUUUUGCCUUAUUAUACUCGAACUACCCCUAAAGCCCCCCCCCCUCCCCUCCCCACUACAAGAAACUAAACCACAGCCAAAAACUGUCAACAAAUAUAUUUGGGGAUUUUUACUAAAAUGACUUCACUGCAUCACAGAAUCUUGACUUGUCGUUUGGCCACAGUAUUUUGUUUCUUUCUGUUUUUGCAUCAAGAUUCCAUUUUUUUGAAGCCCACCUUUUUAGGGCUGAAGCGGAUGACUCACUGGCGCCUUUUUUUUCUUCUUUAACGUUUGAUUGUCGUUCAUAUGGACAUUUCUCCAGUGGGAACAUUUUGGACCGCCUGAGGCCAACAUUCCCGUACAAAGUGCAACAACAACAAUGGCUGCACUUCUUAUUGACACACUUUGUGGCUAAUGCUUGUAAAUAAAAUCAUACUGACGACACAAA